CAGAUGGUGCCCCGCUCAGCGAGCUCUCGUGGUCGUCUUCCCUGGCUGUGGUGGCCGUGUCCUUCUCCGGACUCUUCACUGUCAUCGUCCUCAUGCUGGCCUGCCUGUGCUGUAAGAAAGGUGGCAUCGGGUUCAAGGAGUUUGAGAACGCAGAGGGUGAUGAGUAUGCGGCUGAGUGCUCCACGCAGGAUUCCCCGGCAGCAGUGGCACAGAACGGGCCCGACGUGUAUGUCCUGCCACUCACUGAGGUCUCCCUGCCCAUGGCCAAGCAGCCGGGCCGCUCAGUGCAGCUCCUCAAGUCCACAGACCUGGGCCGGCACAGCCUGCUGUACCUGAAGGAGAUCGGGCACGGCUGGUUCGGGAAGGUGUUCCUGGGAGAGGUGCACUCGGGUGUCAGCAGCACCCAGGUGGUGGUGAAGGAACUGAAGGUGAGCGCCAGUGUGCAAGAGCAGAUGCAGUUCUUGGAGGAGGCACAGCCCUACAGGGCCCUGCAGCACAGCAGUCUGCUCCAGUGCCUGGCGCAGUGUGCCGAGGUGACGCCCUAUCUGCUGGUGAUGGAGUUCUGCCCGCUGGGGGACCUCAAAGGUUACUUGCGGAGCUGCCGGGUGACAGAGUCCAUGGCGCCUGACCCCCUGACCUUACAGCGAAUGGCCUGCGAGGUGGCCUGCGGUGUCCUCCACCUGCACCGAAACAACUACGUGCACAGCGACCUGGCCCUGCGGAACUGCCUGCUGACAGCAGACCUGACAGUGAAGAUUGGUGACUAUGGCCUGUCCCACUGCAAAUAUCGGGAAGACUACUUCGUGACUGCUGACCAGCUGUGGGUGCCCCUGCGCUGGAUUGCACCUGAGCUGGUAGACGAGGUACAUGGGAACCUGCUGGUGGUGGACCAGACCAAGAGCAGCAAUGUGUGGUCCCUGGGCGUGACCAUCUGGGAGCUCUUCGAGCUGGGUGCACAGCCCUACCCUCAACACUCAGACCGACAGGUGCUGGCGUACGCUGUCCGGGAGCAGCAGCUCAAGCUGCCCAAGCCCCAGCUACAGCUGAGCUUGUCUGAUCGCUGGUACGAAGUGAUGCAGUUCUGCUGGCUGCAGCCGGAGCAGCGGCCCACAGCUGAAGAGGUGCACCUGCUGCUGUCCUACCUGUGUGCCAAGGGCGCCACCGAGGUGGAAGAGGAGUUCGAGCGACGCUGGCGCUCGCUGCGGCCAGGCAGGGGCGGCCUGGGGUCUGGACAGGGUGCAGUGGGUCCGACUGCCAGCGCUGCAGCUGACUUGGCUGCUGCCUCCUCCUUUCCACUGCUGGAGCAGUUCACGGGCGACGGCUUCCACAGCGACGGGGACGACGUGCUCACAGUGACGGAGACAAGCCAAGGCCUCAACUUCGAGUACAAGUGGGAGGCGGGACGCGGCGCGGAAGCCUUCCCCCCCAGCCCCGGCAGUGUGCGCCUGCAGGAGCUGUGCGCCCCAGACGGUGACGUUGCGCCGCUGGGCGUGGUGCAGGUGCUCAGCGCGCACAGCCCCUCACUCGGCAGCGAAUAUUUCAUCCGCCUGGAAGAAGCUGCGCCGGCCACGGGCCACGACCCCGACUGCGCCGACUGCACCCCCAGUCCCCAUGCUCCCGCCGACCAAGACGACGACGACGACGAGGAUGACGACUCGGAUGGCAGUGCCUCUGCCUCGCUGGCCAUGGAGCCGCUGUUGGGCCACGCGGUACCCGCUGAAGGUCCCUGGGGCUGUCGUGACCACCAUCUGCACAGGAGUCGCGCCCAGGACUCGCCUUGUCCUUCCCGCUCACCCUCGCCCGGCACCGGGGACACAGACUGGGGAGAGGCCGCCUUCUGCCCACCCUUUUUUGAGGACCCACUGGGCGUGUCUCCUUCUUCCUGCUCAGGGGCUCUGCUCGCGGAGGAGGAGCUGGGGGAGGCACAAAAGGGUGCCCAGCGUGCCCACUGGAGCUCCAACAUGUCAGCCAACAACAACAGUGCCAGCCGUGACCCCGAGUCCUGGGACCUUGGUUACGUGGGCAGCUACACAGACAGCUACAUGGAUGACUGCCCCAGCCCACUGCAGGCCCCACGGGUCUCCCCGGACUUGGGCCACCCCCUGGCCCAGGAGGGCUCCAAAGAGCCUCUGCUUGGGCCACAGUCAGUCUGUCUUGGCCUGGAACCAGGCCACUGCCUCAACCUUCCCCAUGUGGGCUCUUCCCAGGGCCUGGCACCUGCUCCCUGCCAGGCAGUGUCCCCCUGGACGAGGGAAGCCGUAAGUGGGGGUGACAACCCCCAAGCAGAACCCAACCUUGCCCAGGAAGCUGAGGACUCUGUUGGACCCCACCUCUCCCUCCCUUCUGUCCCUUCCCCAUCCCACGAGGGCGCUCCUUUUCCCUCGGAGGAGGCCGGCGCCCCUGACACCCUUCCAGCCUCUCCCACACCCGCUGCUGGCAGCCAGGAGACAGUCCCAGAGCUGGUGUCGACCCUCUGCAGCAGCAUCAGCCCCCCUGAGGUGGAGGAACCCAGCAGUGAGGAUGAGGACAUAACGGAGGCCACUUCGGGCAUCUUCACUGACAUGUCCAGCGACUGCCCUCAGGCAGAGAAACCAGAUGUAGUGCCAGCCUUACGCUCUCUGCAAAAGCAGGUGGGGACGCCUGACUCCCUGGACUCCUUGGACAUCCCAUCCUCAGCCAGUGAUGGCGGCUGUGAAGUCUCCAGCCCCUCCACUGCUGGUCCCCUUGGUGGGCAGCCCCGUGCACUGGACAGUGGCUAUGACACAGAGAACAAUGAGUCCCCUGAGUUUGUGCUCAAGGAGGCCCACGAGGCCAGUGAGCCCAGGGAACUGGCAUCAGAGGAGGAUAGCCCAGGGCUGGAGACCCAGCUCUCAACCUCCCUGGGGGGCCUCAAUGAGAAGAACCCCUAUAGGGACUCCGCCUACUUCUCAGACCUGGACGCCGAGUCCGAGUCCGCCCUAGGCCCUGAGAAGAGCAGUCCGGUCCAAGUCUCCGGGCAGAGCCCUGGGCUGCAGCCGGUGCAGACCUCACCUAUGCUCGGGGUGCUGGGGGAGGUACCCAGCGCUGGUCACAGGGAGGUGCUACCGCCACUGCUAGGGCCCCAGGAGCCUCUCCCAGAGCCGAGCGCCUGUAACCCCAGCCCCCGGCCAGAGCCUCUUGCAUCCCUAGACCCAGCUGAGGGCCAGCCUGAGUCCAGCUUGGGUUCCUCCAAGUUCUUCCUGCUGACCCCUGUCCCGCGGAGCCCGGGAGGUGAUGGCACGGAGCUCCAGGGGCCCUCAGGACUGCUGUUGGGGCGGACAGGGAGCCCAGGCACCCCCAGAGCCCCACUCUGCCUGGCUCUGCCUGGACAUCCUGGGCCCUUGGAGGGCCGGCCAGAGGAGGAAGAGGAGGACAGUGAGGACAGUGACGAGUCGGAUGAGGAACUCCGCUGCUACAGCAUCCAGGAACCCAGUGAGGACAGCGAGGAGGAGUCGCCCGCGGUGCCUGUGGUGGUGGCCGAGAGCCAAAGCGCGCGCAACCUACGCAGCCUGCUCAAGAUGCCCAGUCUGCUGUCUGAGGCUUUCUGCGAGGAGCUGGACCGGAAGAAGAAGGCUGUAUCCUUCUUCGAUGACGUCACCGUCUACCUCUUCGACCAGGAGAGCCCCACCCGGGAGCUCCGGGAGCCCUUCCCCGGAGGGAAGGAGGCGCGUGCAGGUGGCGGGUUCGAAUGGGAUCACGACUUUCCUCGGGCGCCGGCGAAAGGAGCCUUGGCCACCACCUUGGGUCCGGCCGUGCUCUCCCCUGCUGCGUCCCCCACACCGGCCACAACCGUACCCUUCUCGCGCUUCACCGUGUCGCCUGCGCCUGCGUCCCGCUUCUCCAUCACUCACGUGUCGGACUCAGACGCCCAGUCCGUGGGAGGCCCAGCAGCAAGCACCGGAGGCAAGUACACUGAGGCUUGAGGCCCAGGCAGCUCCAUCCUGCAGAGGCUAGCGUCACUGGAGCACUUGCUGCCCUGUCCCAGGCAGCAAGAACGGUGACCAGGAAUGAGUGGGGACCGCAGUCCUGGUGGCAGAUCUGGGUCAUGCCACCCCACACGGCAUCCUGGAGAAGCAGGUGGACAGGAUGUCCCUCUCCAGCCCUGGACAGUAGACUGUGCAUGAUGCCUGUGUCACCAUAGGGGCAGAAUGUGUCCUGGACACUAGGGCUUGCUGUCGGCCCCCCAGGAUGGCCUGGCCUGAGGACUGUGGGUGUCUGUAAAUUCUACAUCCCUGAGUCUGGCCUGUUCCAACCCUGCAGCCGCCUUUUCGCUCUGGCUGCUGCCUUCGGACUGCUCGGCCUCAGGCCGGGAGACCUGCCCCUGGGUGUGGGCCUGCAUGCCGUGCCUGGCCAGGUCUCUCCACGUGUUCACGGGACACUCAUGUCCUUGGCUGGGUGAGGCACGGGCCCUCAGCUGGCCAUCAGACCUGCCCCUAGGCCUCUCCUGGGUCUGGGUUUGUGUGGUGCCAGGAGAGGCACCUGGGCUAAUGUCUCCACGCCCUCACCUGACUCUAUGGCUGAUUUCCCUUCACUGCCUCCCCUGGAAGCCCCUCUGCACAGCGCCUGGCAGCUCCUGCCUGGGUUCUGAUGACCCUGGCAACUGUAGGCACCCAGAGGGCUUCCAGACUGUGCCCAGCCGCCCUGGCCCUGUUCUCAUGGUGUCCCCAGCAGGGUAGUGCCCUGUCCUGUGCCUGGCACCAAAGGAGAGUGGGAGCCACACCCCACAGGCAGCACUGGGGCUCCUGCCUACACAGGGGACGAUGGGGUGCUGGGAAGGGUGGGGCUGGGCAGCGCAGGGACUAUUUUUGUAACAGCUAUUGCUGGAAUGAAUAGAAAUGGAGUGAUUCUAAGUUAUUGUUGCCAAAGAGAUGUAAAGUUUAUUGUUGCUCUGGGGGGUGGGGGAUACUUGGUUUUGUUUUGUGUUUUUUGUUAGUUUGAGGCUUAGGACGCUGGUGCAAUGAUUUUGUGUUUGUUUUUUUAAGAGAAACCAAGCUACAAAAGGAAAAAAGUUCUUGUGCUCAGCAUGUUUUCUUUUGGGGUCUGUAUAAAGCCUUGUGUUGAGGGAUCAAUGCUGGGGCGGGGCCCAGUUGCCAGCUCUGCCUAGGGACAAUAGAGAGGUUGGUUCUUCUCCCAUCCUGCUAACCUCACUCUGGUGAUCUGCUUCUGCUGUGCGUGGGCAGGGAGAUACCUGGGACACCCUCUUCCUGCUCCAGAAGCUGGCCCUGCCCAGGGUAGGGUGAAAAGGGUGGAUAGGCCCAUAACCC